AUGUUUCCGUCUAUGACGUUUAGCUCCCAUGGAAGCAUCAAGGCGCCCGGCUCAAUCUUACGAAAUGCCGCCAUUCUUGCUAUCCUUUCUCUACCCGAUUCCGCCAAAGCUCAAACCUCGAGUUUGAAUUACACAACGACCAUCGUAUAUGAGACAGUGAAGAAUGCUCAUACGAUCACCUCUACCCUCGACUCCUGCGAUACUGGAUUACCACAAUGCAACCAAUUAGUAUGGCCAACUUUUGUCUCUAACUUUUCGACAACGACAAUUUCUCAAUCAAGCGCCAUAUCCUCGACCCAGGACGCUACAACAUCCUCUACUAGUGCGCCACGAGGCGGGUUCGUGCUGGAAGAAACAUUAAGUAGUUUUUAUUUUCAACUAGACGAUGAUACGGGAAGAGCCAUUCUAGCGGCCCCAGGGCGAGAUCGUUUAGUCUCUUUGACCCUGGCAGAAAACGUUGAAAAUCUAUUACAAAAUUCUCGGAAUCCCUCGGAAAAUUUAUUUUUAAGAUACAAUGCAUCCGCCAUCCAGGCGUUACAGCAAGAGUCAGCAAGUGUUCUGUCGUUGCUUCGGGAAAUCCGACAUACCGUAGACACGGCUAAUACCUUGCAGAGCUCCGAUUACGUGGGAGAGUGGAUUUGGAAUACCACCGUUGGUCGAGUCGAACUACAUCAAAAUCAGAGAAGAUGGAUCAUCUACAAACUAGCCGGCACUCUGAACUCAACAAUUGCAAGGAUGCGCAGUAGAGAGCUUGUAAAACGGGCAAACUUUUACGACCUCUACAUGUUACCAGUAGAUAUUCCAAUACCCGAGAAUAGCAGGCUACAGAAGGCGCAAUUUAUUGCAAACAAUGAGGAUAAAUAUGAAACUUCAUAUUUUUCUUCGUUUGAACCAACUACUUCAGGUACGGGUAUAGUUAGUUCAAGUAAAACAGCAACAGUGGCCCCAGUGUCGAGUUUGAGUUCGACCUCACUUCGUUCCAGCUCUGGCCGCAAUUCCGGCUCUGACUCCAACCCGGCAACUUCUCAGACAGUAUCUAGCUCCAUGGUGCCAGAUGCAUAUGAUAUAAUUACUUCUCUUCGCCUGGAGGCCUACUGUAGUUUAAUCCUCUCGUAUAACAGUCAUACCACAACCACCACUUCAACAUCAACAAGUAUAAGUACCUCAUAUUAUGCUUUAUUCACCGACCCUUCGUCGACGUCAACGUCUACUACGACGGCUGGGGACACUUCUGUCACAAGAUUUGUCACUGCAAGCGCCAGAACACGAAAAAGACAUAUUCCCGCUGAUAAAAGAAGCUUGGAGAAUGACCUGACCAACUAUCCUAGCAGCUCCAUUUUAUCCGCUUGUUCGAGAGCAGCGAGUUCUCCAACUGGAAUUAUCACCAAAACUAUAUCUAGCUCAGAAUUUUCAAGUGUCAUAGAGCCAACGUCUUCCACGACGGAGUUCGGGGUAGCCAACGGUACCGCUACCUCCUCUGUCCCAAUCGUUACUGAAACAAUUGCAGCGAUAGGAGCCUACAAGCUGGUAAACAGCGAUGUCUCAAAUCAUGCAGGUACCUACUACGGGCAUUACAUUACGGGAAUAUACCCAAACGCCGCUGGUUAUGAGAUGUCAUCGGCAGAUAGACCAGUCCUCAACUGGACACCCUAUUACUUUGCAACAACUAAAUCCUACGGUAUUACUAGGGAAUACAACAAUGGAGGUCAAACUGAUAUCACAGUCUUAGUUUGGCUUCAAGCUGGCACAUCCAAAGCUAAUAACAUCGUCGAUGACUAUGGGCUAUAUGAAUACCCCUUGGACGAUCUUCUUGACAUCAACAUCUCAGAACACCACGCCGUUUAUUUCAAGCUUAACUCUACCACAUUAUUGUUUACUCCCGAUAAUGAAAGCAAUCCUGUCUCUGAUCCUGUAUUUUGGGUCUGCCCUGGGGCUCUUACUGGUGAUGGUACUUUCCCACUGUACUACGCAGACGCUGCGACAUUUAUGGCCUGCUCGAAUUAUGGUAGCUUGAUAGCUACUUCUGAUUGUGUUAGGACUGACCUGACAGCUCUUCAGGGUGGGUUUUGA